GCGCGGCCGUCGGCGUCGGGGCGGCGUGGCCGCUCGGGUGCGGGCUGCGCGCGGCCGGGGCUCGGGGCCUCCGAGCCGGGCUGUCACCUGUGUGCCUGCUGUAAGCAGCGGGCAGGGGGGCGAUGAGAGCUCCGUGGGUAUUCCGCAGUCGUGGGAGCCGGCGUGGGUAGAGUGUGUGGAGAUGCUUCUCUGGGAGGAAGUAUUGGUUAACUUUUGGGUACUGCCUAGCGUUCCUGGAUGAAACCCAGAUCUGCCUCUUAGGUCUUCAUAAGCUGAGAGCGGGUGCUGGAGGACUAAAUGCUGUGUGUGAGAGAAGCAGGGUGACGGAAGAAGUCAGGAAGGUGGAUUGGCCGUGUGAUCGAGUGUGGUGAACUGGGAGUGACGUUUCCUGGGUGUAUCUCCUUUUCCUUCCAAUUAGAAGCUAAAUGUAUUAAGCUGGCAAAGUAAUACUGCUCAGACAUGAGCAGUGCCAGUAACUCACUGGCACGGGAGUUCUUGACAGAUGUCAACAGACUGUGCAAUGCAGUGGUCCAGAGGGCAGAAGCCAAGGACGAUGAAGAGGAAGAAACUCAUAUGGCUGCCCUGGGACAGUACUUAGUUCAAGGCCGUGGGUUUAUUUUGCUUAGCACACUCAACUCCAAUAUUGAUCAGGAGCUGACAUGUCGGGAAGAACUGCUGACCCUCCUUCUGUCACUUCUGCCACUGGUCUGGAAAAUCCCUGUCCAAGAAGAAAAAGCAGUAGGUUUCAAUAUACCUUUUACAGUAGAUGUUUGCCUGACCAAAGAGAGCAAUUCAAGUGUGAAAUCCACUCAGGAAAAAAUAGGUUUAGAUCGAAGCACUCGUUCAUCUCUUCAGGCUUCCGCACACCUACAUCCUCGAUCUCGAAAAAGUGGGCGGAUGCGCAAAACCACCCAUCGUUACUCUGUGCGAGAUGCAAGAAGAUCACAGCUGUCCACUUCAGAUUCAGAAGGCAAUUCUGAUGACAAGAAUACUGUAACAAUGAAACACAGACGUUCCCAGUUCCUGCAGCCUUUUUUAACAUAUCCAGCUAGAGACAGCUACCUUGUAGGUAGAAGUGAUUUCUUACCUACUGAAGUGGUACCAAAUCCUAAUCCUGAUGUCCCUAGUCUAGAAAAUUCUAGCCAAAUUAUUCCAGUGCAUGAGCUAAAUCCAGAGAUUUUGAAUGAGCCAGUUGCAGCAAUUGCUGAGAGCAAUAUGGAUAACUCUCCUUUUGACUUAUGCCAUGUGUUAUUGUCGCUACUAGAGAAGGUGUGUGGAUUUGAUAUUACUUUGAAUCACAGUUCUGCUCUUUCAGCUACUGUGGUGCCCACGUUAACUGAGUUCUUAUCAGGAUUUGGAGACUGUAAUCUAAGUAGUAACACGGAAAAUGAAGUGGUUUCUGCAGGGUGGACAGAAGAACCUGUGGCUCUGGUCCAAAGGAUGCUUUUUCGAACAGUUCUGUAUCUUAUGUCUUUAGAUAUAAGCAGUACGGAAGCAAUGCCUGACAACUUGAGAAGAAAUGUGACAGACUUGCUUAAAGCAGCAUUAAAAAUCAAAAUUUGCUUGGAAAAGCAGCCUCAUCCUUUUGCUCCAGAAUAUAAGAAAACACUACAGCAGCUUGUUCAGGAUGACUUUGAAUUAUCUAGAUACCGUCAUAGAGCCUUGCUUCUACCAGAAGUUAUAGAAGGAAUCUUGCAGAUCUUGAUCCGCUGCCUGCAGAGUGCAGCCUCUAAUCCAUUCUACUUUAGCCAAGCAAUAGAUCUUGUUCAUGAGUUCAUACAGCAUCAAGGUUUUAAGCUGUUUGAAGUAACAGUACUUCAGAUGGAAUGGCUGUGUACGAAGAAUGAGGGAGUAACUGGGGAAGCUCCAGAGCAUCUGAAAUCCCUUAUAAACAGUGUCAUGAAAAUAAUCAGUACUGUCAAAAAAGUGAAAUCAGAGCAGCUCCAUCAGUCAGUGUGUGCAAGAAAGCGGCAUAGACGAUGUGAGUACUCUUACUUCAUGCAUCACCACAGAGAUCUCUCUGGGCUCUCUGUAUCUGCUUUUAAAAACCAAGGUUCCAGAAAUCCCUUUGAGACAACCGAUGGAGAAGUUAAUUAUCCUGACAGAUGCUGUUGCAUUGCUGUUUGUGCACACCAGUGUUUGCACUUGUUGCAGCAAGUCUCUCUGAGCAGUACUUGUGUUCAAAUUCUCUCAGGUAUACAUAACGUAGGAAUAUGCUGUUGCAUGGACCCAAAAUCUGUGAUUGUCCCAUUGCUUCGUGCUUCCAAGUUACCAAUAUUAAAAAACUUCCAACAGCAUAUACUGAACAUCCUUAACAAGUUUAUACUGGAUCAGCUGGGUGGAGCGGAGGCUUCUCCAAGAAUUAUACAGGCAUCGUGCAAUAUAUGUACUGUUGACUGUGAUCAGCUUUUGCAGUUGGAAGAUGCCUUGCAGGGCAACUCUAAUGAUGCUGGUCUUGCAUCUAGUUCCUCCUGCAGAGUUCAGGGAAUUCUGCCUAGCAGUGGAUCUGAAGAUGUGUUGUUGAGAUGGGAUGCAUUGGAGGCUUAUCAGAAUGUUGUUUUUGAAGACGACAAACUACACGGCAUGCAGGUUGCAAGCCAUAUUUGCCACUUAAUUCAAAAGGGAAAUGCAGUGGUCCAGUGGAAACUAUAUAAUUGUAUUUAUAAUCCAGUGCUUCAGAAGGGGGUUGAGCUAGCUUGCCAUGCUCAACAACUGGGACUAACCGAUAAACACACAAGCAGUUACCAUAGCCAGUGUUUGCCUUACGAAGUACUUCAGAUUUACUUGCAGACACUUCCUGCGUUGCUUAAAUCCAGGGUGAUUAGAGACUUAUUUCUGAGUUGUAAUGGAGUGAAUCAAAUGACUGAGUUAAACUACUUAGAUACUUUAAGAAGCUACUCUUUGAAAGUGUUAGAGACUUUGAUACUCUGCCUUGGUGAGCAGCAGAAAGAUCAAGCAGUGCCAGAGCUAGAAGACUUCAACGAUGAGCACAAGGAGUCUGCAUCUGAUUUGCCUGCUUCUCUUUGUAGCCAGCAUUCUGCUUCAGAAAUUCCUCAAAGCCUGAGCAAGUUUUAUGCAGGCCUUAAAGAGGCUUACCCAAAAAAGAAAAAGUUUGAGAGUCAAGACAUUCAUGUUAACACAAUAAACCUGUUUCUCUGUGUUGCAUUUUUAUGUGUAAGUAAAGAAGCAGAUGGUGAUCUGGAUUCAGCUAAUGACUCUGAAGAUACAUCAGGAUAUGAUAGCACAGCUAGUGAGCCAUUAGGCCAUAAAUUACCAUGUCUGUCAUUGGAAAGCCUUACUUUGCCCUCCCUGGAACAUAUUCACAGAGCUGCUGAUAUUUGGUCCAUGUGUCGUUGUAUCUAUUUGUAUAGUUCGGUUUUCCAGAGACAGUUCCAUAGGCUUGGAGGUUUUGAAGCAUGCCAUAGACUGCUAAUCCUCAUAAUUCAGAAGCUUGUGGAAAAUAAGGAGAAAGAACAAGAAAAAAGGGAGAGAACACUGAGUGAAAGCAGAAGUUCACAUGGGAGUGCUCGUGCUGAACAUCUCAGCAAAGAUGCCUCUGUUCAUUUCCCUGAAAGCAGGGAAGUGACACAAUCAGAGCUCAGUAGUUCUGAUAGUCUUGCUGUUGCAGAACAGCUGGUGUCUGAAUGUGUGUCCUGUGACAGCUCUGCAAGUAGGGAACAUGCUUCAGUUGGAAAUCUGGAAGAGAGAAAAUCUUCUGUAGGAGAAGAAACUGAAUGGGCACUUCAGGGCAUCAGACUUCUAGAAGCUUUGCUGAUGAUAUGUCUGCACAGUGCAAGCACCACACAGCAGAAGAUGGAAGUAGAGAUGUUUCAUCAGAAUAUUUGUGUGGAUGAUAUCUUACUACAAAUACGAGAACAACUUGCUCAGUCAAAACUGCUAGAAACUGACUUGGCGAAGCCUCUGUUUGAUUCACUGCUUCGUGUUGCAUUGGGCACUUUUUCUACUGACCUGGAUCAUUCUGAAGAGAAAAUAGAGAAGACCCAUUACACUGAAAAGGAGUCAAUGUCUCAGCCUGGAGAUAUACCUGAGGAAGCUGAUGAGUCACAGUGCUGUAGUCUUAAACUUUUUGCUGAAGAAGAAGGAUAUGAAGCAGACAGUGAAAGUAAUCCUGACAGUGAAACGAAGGAUGGAGGAGCAGACACGAAGACAGAACCAGAAUGUACCAGUCCUUCAGGUUAUCUUAGUGACCUAACUGAAAACAUCAAUCAAGGAGAAUUAAUAUAUCCUGAAAUCUGCAUGUUAGAAUUAAAUUUGCUGUCAGCUGGUAAUGCAAGUUUAGAUGUGCUUGCUCAUGUAUUCCAGAGCUGCCUGAAAAUCAUCAACCACAAGGAGAGAAAUGCCACUUUACUUAUAGAACAGGGAGCUGUUAAACAUAUUUUGGGAGGAUUUAUGAAUAUACUGACACAAACAGAGUCUAGUUUUCAUGCAUGUCAGAUGGUGCUGGUAGACCUGCUCGUUUCUUUGAUGAGCUCACAGACAUGUUCAGAAGAACUAACUCUUCUCCUACGGAUAUUUUUGGAGAAGACUCCUUGUACGGAGAUACUGCUUAAGGGUGUAUUGAAGAUUAUAGAAACUAAUAUGGACAUGAACCCAUUACAGUACCUUGCCUUCCCUUUGCUACAUGGCACAAAUUUGAGUAGUUCUUCACAAAAAUCCACCGGCACUUCCAACAGCAAAACUGCCGGACUAUUAAAAAAAGCAAAAUUUUCACAGAGUAAGAAAGAGGCAGAUGGUGAAAACUUGAGUCAUCAACUGCUUUCUUCUUGGCACGUGGCCCCAAUUCACUUGCCUUUAGUUGGACAGAACUGUUGGCCACAUAUGUCUGAUGGUUUCAGUGUUUCCUUGUGGUUUCAUCUGGAGUGUGUUCAUGAAAUGGAAAACUCAACAGAGAAGGGGAAGAAAGUCAAGAGAAGACUUUUCUCUGUAAGAGAGAACAGCUUUGAUAGCACAGAAGAAACCAAGUCUGUAGGAAUGGAAUACCUAAGCCUGGGAGACAAACUUGUUGAAGAUGGCUGUAUUCAUAUAAUUUCAUUGGGUUCCAAAGCAUUGAUGAUGCAGAUCUGGGCAGACAUGAACACUGGAGCUUUCAUAUUUCGUAUGUGCAUGGAUCCAAAUGAUGAGAUGAAAGCUGGCCUGCUGGCACAGGCUGAAUCUCCAGAGAAUAUUUUCCUUGUGGGCAGGUGGCAACACUUGGCAAUACAGUAUAAGCAGAAGCAAGAAAGCAAGAAAAACAUCCAUGGAGAGCUGUCCCUGUGGGUUUCUGGUCAGAGGAAAUGUGAAAUCAACUUAGAUUAUGCUCUACCAAGGAAAUCAAGCUUGUCAUCUGACAGUAAUAAAACAUUUUGUAUGAUUGGCCACUGUACAUCAUCUCAGGAAGAAUUGCUUCGAUUGUCAGGCAGAUGGAAUCUUGGGAAUCUACUUCUCUUCAAUGGUGCAAAGAUUGGACCAGAGGAAGCAUUUUACUUAUACACAUGUGGACCAGACUUCACAUCUGUAAUGCCUUGUAAAUAUGGCAAAACAUUGACUGAAUGCUCUAAGUACAUAAGUAAAGAUAUUCUACAGUGUGAACAAAUUAAGGAGCUCUUCAUGGCGAAGAAGGAAGUGGAUGUUGGACCUUUGAUUGAAAGCCUUGCUGUUGUUUAUGCCACGUGCUGCCCCAGUCACUACACCAUAUACGAACCUGUUAUUAGAUUGAAAGGUCAAGUGAAGACUGUACCUUCUCAGAGGCCCUUCAGUUCAAAAGAAGUUCAGAGCAAUGUACUGGAUUCUCAUCACCUGAAAGCACUUCAGCCUGUUGAAUAUAAAAAUCUUCAGGGUAUACUACAUGAAAUUGGAGGAACUGGUGCAUUUGUUUUCCUCUUUGCUAGGGUUGUAGAGAUCAGCAGCUGUGAAGACACUCAAGCUCUAGCACUGCAGCUUAUACUAUCUUUAACAAAAUACAAUCAACAGAGAAUACAGGAAAUGAAAAAUUGUAAUGGUUAUUCCAUGAUUCACCGAGUGUUGAUCAAACCGAAGUGCAUUGUUGGAUUUCGCAUGCUCAAGACUCUUCUUGAAGGAUGCUGCAGUGCUGAGAUUCUCUAUAUAAAUGAGAAUGGGCAAUUUGUGCUCGACACAGAUUCUACAGCAGUUAUCCAGGAUGUUCAAUUGUUAGAAAAGCUGCUUCUUGACUGGAAGAUUUGGUCUAAAGCAAAGCAAGGUGUUUGGGAAACUCUGUUAGCAGCUCUAGAAAUCCUUAUCAGAGCUAACCAUCACCAACAGAUGUUUAAUGUUAAACAGCUAUUGAAAGCUCAAGUGGUGCACCACUUCCUGUUAACCUGCCAGGUUCUGCAGGAGCAUAAAGAAGGGCACCUUGCCUCUCUGCCUCGGGAAGUUUGUAGGUCAUUUGUGAAAAUAAUUGAAGAAGUACUUGGAUCUCCCCCAGACCUGGAAUUGCUGACACUGGUCUUCAAUUUCCUCUUAGCUGUUCACCCUCCCACUAAUACAUAUGUUUGUCACAAUCCUACCAACUUCUACUUCUCCCUGCACAUAGAUGGUAAAAUUUUUCAGGAGAAAGUUGAAUCCCUUAUGUACCUGAGAAAUUCCAGCAGUGGUGGGAAGUCUGCAGAUAGUUCUGCCUUCGUAGUUACAACUCCAACUGGAUUUGCAGCUUUACCACUGGAAGGAGAUACUUCUGAGAUUAGUGUACAGCAGAAGAUAAGUUCUCAAGUACCUAAAAGGCUUUGCAAAAGCUUACCAGCAUCUCCUACUUCAUCACCUCAAGUACAUAGAAGAAGAUUAAUGGAAAGAUCGCAAAGGAGCAUUGAUGACCUGCAGAAUAUUGGCAAAUAUGAUUACACUGAUCUUGAGGGUAGAGUUGUUUUUGAAGGACAUUCCGAAACCGUAAAAAGGGUACAGGAAGAUUUUCUUAGCAGUUGUGAGUCUGCAAAAACAGUUUGUGAUUCAGAGUUAACAUCUGCUGAAAUGUUUGAAGACAUUCCAAAAGAAGAGCUAUCUGAAAACACAUUUGAGAGCAAAGAAGCAGAUGCAGACCUGAAAUGUAAAGGUGAUGCUGCACCUCAGCUGUUGCUGCGUCGUCCAGACAAUCUGAAAGGAUUACCUUCUCUUCAGAAGAGUCAGAGUACUUUUGCAGGGUUGGGCUUAGCAUUUUCUGUUCACGGAGGAUCCUCAGCCAUUGCUCGCUGGCCAAGUUUUGCUGACAAGAAUGCACUUCCUGAGGAAUGGGAGAAUCUUGCUUUUUCCUCAGCAAAUGAGAAUCCCCGAAAAACGUAUGAAAGCUCUGAUGAGAGGUAUACAGAAGACUAUCUUGUGCUUAUCUGUUGUGGAUUGUAUGACCUCUUGCGUGGAGUUCUCCUAAUUUUACCAGAUGUCAUGCUAGAGGAUGUGAUGGACAAGCUUAUUCAACCUGAUUAUCUUAUAGUUCUUGUGAACCACCCAUCUCCUCUCGUACAACAAGGCGUCAUUAAAUUGUUGGAUGCAUAUUUCAACAGAGCAAGGAGAGAGCAGAAGGAAAAAUUCCUAAAGAAUCGCGGCUUCUCCUUGCUUGCCAACCAGCUCUACCUUCACCAGGGGACUCAGGAAGUUGUAGAGUGCUUUUUGGAAAUGCUCUUUGGCCGUUCUGUUGGCCUGGAUGAAGAAUUUGAUCUGGAAGAUGUCAAGAAUGUUGGACUUUUUCAAAAAUGGUGUGUCAUUCCUGUUCUGGGUCUGAUAGAGAACUCUUUAUAUGAUAAUGUUUUGCUGCAUAACUGCUUCUGUCUCCUACUACAAAUUAUAAAUUCCUGCUCAAAAGUCGCAGACCUGCUGCUUGAUAAUGGUUUGCUGUAUGUGCUGUGUAAUACUCUGGCUGCUCUCAAUGGACUGGAAACCAACAUUCCCCUAAACGAUUACAAGCUACUCGCAUGUGAUAUACAACAGCUCCUGGUAGCAGUUGCAAUUCAUGCCUGCAGCUCCUCAGGUUCACAGUAUUUUCGUGUUAUUGAAGACCUCAUUGUGCUGCUGGGUCAUCUUCAAAACAGUAAAAAUACAAGGAUGCAAAAUAUGGCAGUUGCUCUGCAGUUAAGAGUUCUUCAAGCAGCUAUUGAAUUAAUAAGAACUACAGCAAACAGAGAUGCUCAGGAGCAGGCUGGUGUGGCCCCAUCACUAUCUGCAGCACAUCGUGCAAUGUUUCAAAAGCGUAAAGACAUUGCUGGUUCCAGAAAAUUUUCGCCUGCUCAGUCUGAUGCUCUGCUGAUGAAAAUGCGUUCAGUAGCAAGUGAGGAGUUUAAUAUGAUGAUGCAACGGAGAAUGAGUCAAGAAAAUCCUAUCCAAGCCACUGAGACUGAGUUUGUACAAAGGUUACAGAGGCUAACUGUCCUUGCUGUAAACAGACUCAUUUAUUUAGCAUCUACUGAAGAGUGCUUUGACAUACUGGGUAUAACAGAAACGGCAAGUCAAAGCAGGCUUGCAGCAUCCCAGCUGGAAGUUCCUGAAGAAGAGAUCCAGCAAGAGCUGCCUAACAGAACAAAUCCUUUUCUGAAAGAAAUGUUCAAAAUGUUAGUGGAAGGAGUCAAACUGUCCCCUGGCACCAGCAGAACAAGCACACCCAAGCAGCAGUGGAAGAGAAUCCUCUUGUCAUGUAAAGACACUUUCCGUACACAGCUUGGAAGACUUCUUGUGCACAUCUUGUCUCCAGCAAGGCCACUGCAAGAAAGAAGGCAGGCUUUGGAGAUGGUCCGUGAAGUGAACCAUCAGGAGAUUCUGUGUGACUGUCUUAGCCCAACUUUGCAACAUGGACCUAAAUUAGUACUAUAUCUAUAUGAGUUAAUGUGCAAUCACAUUGAUGAUCUGACCAAAGAAGAACAAACGGCAGCGGGAGACUUUGUGAAUACGUUAAAAUGUUGUGGCUAUAAAUGUAUUCCUCUGAGCCCAAGACCAAAACCAGAUGUAAUAAAAGCUUUGAAAGAGGAUCAAAAGAAGUAUGAGGUGGAAGAAGGUGUGAACAGAGCUGCCUGGGAGAAAACAAUGGCAAAUAAUCGACAAAAUCUCUUUCAACGCCUGGAUACAAAAUCUAAAGAUAUUUCCAAAAUAGCUGGAGACAUCACACAGGCUGUAUCUCUCUCACAAGGAAUGGAAAGAAAGAAAGUUAUCCAGCACAUCAGGGGGAUGUAUAAGGCAGAGCUGAGUGCCAGCAGACAUUGGCAGGAGCUUGUUCAGCAGCUUACGCAUGAUCGAGCACUCUGGUAUGACCCAGUCUAUUACCCAACUUCUUGGCAACUGGAUCCAACAGAGGGCCCAAACAGGGAGAGGAGGCGCUUGCAGAGGUGCUACCUAACUAUUCCAAAUAAAUACCUUCUUCCGGACAGGCAGAAGCAGGAAGGCAUAAUAAAACCUCCCCUAUCUUACCUAUUUGAAGAUAAAACACAUUCUUCUCAUUCUUCAACUGUAAAGGAUAAAGCUGCAAGUGAACAUAUAAGAGUUAAUCGAAGAUGUAUCAGUGUAGCACCUUCUAGAGAGACUGCUGGUGAGCUGCUGCUAGGAAAAUGUGGCAUGUAUUUUGUUGAGGACAACGCAUCAGACACAAUUGAGAACUCUAGUUUUCAUGGAGAGACUGAACCAGCAUCAUUUUCUUGGACCUAUGAGGAAAUCAAGGAAGUCCAUAAGCGUUGGUGGCAGCUAAGAGACAAUGCUGUGGAAAUAUUUCUGACAAAUGGCAGAACUUUACUCUUGGCUUUUGAUAAUACAAAGGUCCGUAAUGAUGUGUACCACAACAUCUUAACUAACAAUUUGCCUAACCUUCUGGAAUAUGGAAAUAUCACUGCUUUGACCCACCUGUGGUGCACGGGACAGAUUACUAACUUUGAAUACCUGACUCAUUUAAACAAACAUGCGGGCCGUUCCUUCAAUGAUCUCAUGCAAUAUCCAGUAUUUCCCUUUAUACUUUCUGACUACAUAAAUGAGACACUGGACCUAAAUGACCCAUCAGUAUAUAGAAAUCUGGUCAAACCAAUAGCUGUGCAGUCUAAAGAAAAAGAGGAUCGGUAUGUGGAUACUUACAAGUAUUUGGAAGAAGAGUACCGUAAAGGAGCACGGGAGGACGAUCCGAUGCCCCCUGUACAACCGUACCACUAUGGAUCUCAUUAUUCUAACAGUGGCACUGUGCUUCAUUUCCUAGUUCGGCUGCCACCUUUCACUAAAAUGUUUUUAGCCUAUCAAGAUCAAAGUUUUGACAUUCCAGACAGAACUUUUCAUUCUACCAACACAACCUGGCGCCUCUCUUCAUAUGAAUCAAUGACUGAUGUAAAGGAGCUCAUCCCAGAAUUUUUCUACCUUCCAGACUUUCUAGUUAAUAGAGAAGGAUUUGAUUUUGGAGUACGUCAAAAUGGUGACAGAGUUAAUCAUGUCAAUCUUCCACCCUGGGCUCGUAAUGAUCCUCGUCUGUUUAUCUUGAUUCACCGUCAAGCUUUGGAGUCUGACCAUGUUUCCCAGACAAUCUGUCACUGGAUAGACUUAGUGUUUGGCUAUAAACAAAAAGGCAAGGCCUCUGUUCAGGCUAUUAAUGUCUUUCAUCCCGCAACUUACUUUGGGAUGGAUGUUUCUGCUGUUGAGGAUCCUGUUCAGAGAAGAGCCCUUGAAACAAUGAUAAAAACAUAUGGGCAAACACCUCGCCAACUGUUCCAUACAGCACAUGUUAGCAGGCCUGGAUCCAGGCUCAUCAUGGAAGGAGAACUUCCUGCUGCCAUGGGAUUAUUAGUGCAGUUUGCUUUCAGAGAGACAAGAGAGCACACCAAAGAAGUAAUAUAUCCAAGUCCAUUGCCAUGGAUAAAAGGCUUGAAGUGGGGAGAAUAUGUAGGUUCUCCAAGUGCCCCAGAUCCUGUUGUCUGUUUUAGCCAACCACAUGGGGAAAGGUUUGGCUCUCUGCAGGCUUUGCCAACUAAAGCUAUAUGUGGUUUGUCCCGCAAGUUUUGCCUUUUGAUGAUAUAUAGCAAGGAGCAAGGUGUGAGAAGUAUGCACAGCACUGAUAUUCAGUGGUCAGCUAUCCUAAGCUGGGGAUAUGCUGAUAACAUUUUACGACUAAAAAGCAAGCAGAGUGAACCUCCAGUAAAUUUUAUACAGAGUUCCCAGUUUCAUCAGGUAACAAGUUGUGCUUGGGUCCCAGACAGCUGUCAGCUUUUCACAGGUAGCAAAUCUGGUGUAAUCACAGCAUACAUGAACAGAUUCACUAGCAGUACGCCUUCAGAGAUAGAAAUGGAAUCACAAGUCCAUCUGUACGGUCACACAGCAGAGAUAACGAGCCUUUUUGUGUGCAAACCAUAUAGUAUAAUGAUAAGCGUCAGCAAAGAUGGCACCUGCAUUAUAUGGGAUUUGAACAGGCUGUGCUAUGUCCAGAGUCUGGCUGGACACAAAAGUCCCGUGACUGCAGUUUCAGCUAGCGAAACAACUGGUGAUAUUGCAACGGUUUGUGAUUCAGUUGGAGGGGGGAGUGAUUUGAGGCUUUGGACCGUUAACGGUGAUCUCGUGGGACACGUACACUGCAGGGAAAGUAUUUGCUCUGUUGCUUUCUCUAACCAGCCUGAAGGAGUAUCUGUCAACGUGAUUGCAGGAGGGCUCGAAAAUGGAGUGGUAAGACUGUGGAGUACAUGGGACUUGAAGCCAGUACGAGAAAUAACAUUUUCUAAGUCAGCCAAACCUAUUGUAAGCCUUACCUUUUCCUGUGACGGUCAUCACUUGUUCACAGCAAAUAGUGAUGGAAAUGUAAUAGCUUGGUGUCGCAAGGACCAGCAGCGCUUGAAGUUACCCAUGUUCUAUUCAUUCCUUAGCAGCUAUGCAGCUGGGUGAUGACUACUUCUGCUGCUCAUUCAAGUCUCCAUGCACUUUAAAUCCACAAUAAAUUAUAGAAUCUCUUCAUUAACUGGAUUUUGAAAUAGUUUGAAUGUCUCUAGAAUGACUGCAUAGGUGAAAAACAGAAGGCAGUCUAAGAUGGUUAUAAAUUGUGCAUGCACAAACCUGAAGUGUAUGGAGUCACCAGGAAGCUCUGGUUGCAUACUCCAGUACCAGCAAAGUGGUGUAUAAAUGCUCUAACCUACAAGUCAAAAUGCUGCAAUACAAAAUGUAAUAAUAUUUUUUUAAAUCACUUCUUGGAAGCAACUAUUUCAAAAAUUGGAUCAGUAGUGUUUGUCCCUCCUGUGUUGUAAAAUAUCAGCAGUAUGAAGCUCUGUAAAUAUUUAUAAAAAUGUCAGCAUAUGUAUAUCUGAUUAGUCAAGGAUGAUGAUGUUAGCUCUGGGAAAAGUGACCCAAAAUUUAAAAAAUCCAAGAUGAUUCAAAAUUGCUUUUUUUGAGAAGCAAAGAACUUAGUAGGUGCUUAUUGCACCAUUUAAUGGUAUUGUAAUACUGAAAAAUUAGAUCCAUCUUCAUUUACAACUCCUGCUGUCUUCUCUGUUCAGAUGGUGUGAAAGUCUUUGGACGAAAACGAGGAUGGGCAGACACCUCAUAGCUUCACGAAGCAAUAGUUAACUCGUGUUUUGGUUUUGUGUUCCACGUAGUGUUAUCUCAGUUUGUAACACCUAGCUGUUGUGGUCCUGUGGCAGACUACACACACAUCAUUCACACAGCCUGCCAUCCAGAGCUCUAAAAACGGUACUAAAGAAGGCACUAAUGUGCUCGUAUUCUCAGUGUCAUUGAACUUCAGUGCACUGUAAAAUGUUCGAAUCCAAAUGUUUAAAUCAAUGUUUAUAGGCACUGAGUAAUUCAGAACUGUUUAUGUAGGUACACUGUGCAAAUAUGCUAUUUAUUUCUAGGUGCUAUUUUUGAGAGGAGGAAAAAAAUAAGCUGCCGUUAAUAGCUUACAUCUGAAUUCUUAGGCCAGAUAGAAAAGCUAACACUUAAGCUGAUGGAUUUCAAGACCCAACUGACACUGAGUGAGUGCCUGCUAGUCAUGCAAAUGGUACAAGAAUGCAACACAACUCUGUAGUUAAAUUUUUCUUAGUCAUACCUUCGCUUUUUCAUCAUUGACAUUUUCCACUACUGCCAUACAGACAAACUGCUCUACCUUAGUUUUAAGGUUCAUUUGCCUUCCAAGUACUGUGUUAUGAAAUCGUAAUGAAGAUGUGCAUACAGGAAAACUGUACACUUCAGAAAAUUCCACAUGAUCUUUACAAAAAUCUUUGCGACUUUCUGAUUUUGGGGGUUUUCAAACUGGAAAAACUGAAGUCCUCUCAGUCCAUGACACAGAUUGAUUUACUACUUGUAGUUCAAUUAAGCAAGCAGCUGUAUGAACUGAAUUUUAAACUGCAUAUAUUGUAGCAACGUUGUAUGGGGUGGCUGUAGUCAUGUUUUUCACUGUCUAAAUGUUAAUGUAAGGUCCAAAUACAGACCGAAAAGCUUCUUGGCUCAUGUUGAAGUGAUGCGCUUGACUUAAGCGACAAAAUACAAAUGUGAUGGUUUGGGGAUGCUUUUGUCCUCCUUGAAUUGGGAUGUUGCUCACAAAGGCUUAUUUUUAUAAAGUAGAAUUCCACUUGUUACAAAUCAAUAUGCAAAAUUGCUGGCCUUGUAAAAAGUGCAAUAUUAUAUAUUUUUAUGUAUAAGUCAAAGAUUUUUUUGAACUGAGGAAUAUUUAUUCAGCUUAAUGUUCUGGAACUAUUGAAAUACCAUUGCAAUAGUAUAUGUGCAUGAUGUACUGAAACCUCCUGUAAAUUUCACAUUCCACACUGUCUUUGUAUACACUGUCACACUGUUGGGUAAUAAACAGACCUUUGUAUCAAA